AUCAAAUAUUUAGAUGUGCCUUCAGGUGUUCUGCAUUAGUCAACCUCUUGAAAAUUUCAAAUUUUACAAUUGUUAUCAAUAGCACACCUUAAUCAAUUGUUAAAGUUAUACAAUUUGCUCUAAAUAAAAAGAUUGUAGAUUUAAAAAAAUGGGUGUGUGUAUGUUAUCACACACCUCUCCUUGACAAGUGUUUAAUCAAAAAAUUGUCAAAUUGUGCAUAUAAUAUUCAUUGUGUAAACUUGAGAGUCACAAGUCUGGUGAAAAUUAUGUAUAUAUUUACAAUAGCCAUCUGAGUACAGUUUAUGUAAGUUACUUAAUGUUGCACGCAUGUAAUUAUUCAUUGUGUAAAAAUGAGAGUCAUAAGUCUGGUGAAAAUUAUGUAUAUAUUUACAAUAGCCAUCUGAGUACAGUUUAUGUAAGUUACUUAAUGUUGCACGCAUGUAAUUCAAUGUUACUUUUAUGCUAAACAAUGUUUACAAUAAUACCGAAAAGUCUCUCCGUAAUUUUUUCAUUUUAAAACCACCAAAAUUACACAGAAGCAAGGUUGAAAUUACACACACAAUUUUCUUGCAUAAUUUGUUUGCUGCGUAAAAUGGUACAGUUAUGCACAUUAUGCAGGACGUUUUAUUGUAGAACCCUGAAAAAGCUUUAUCUCUGUGACCUUUUCCUUUUUAAGAUAUUUUUAUUAGUUUUACAUGCAUGUUAUAUUGAACAUAACUUUUCCUUGUCAUUAUUUACACAUUUCUGGAAUAUUUCUUUAAGUUUUUUAUAACACAACAUUUCUGAUCUUCCAUUCUUUUUAGGUGAAAUUCAAGCAGACCGACAAAUACAUUAAAACUGAGGGAAUACAUCAAUAUCACAACCUAAAUGCUCAGGAAAUGCUUCCAACACAUCUCUGGAACUGGCAUGUGGCUUUAAACAUUCCACUUCAAGAGCAGAACCUUUAUCGUCAUCAAGUCGCAUUAAUCUUCCACAUAUUAUUCGGAAUCUUUUAUUACCUUUUUUGUCAAUUUUUUUGGACUUAACAACGCUUUUCUUUGGGCCUUUCAUUCUGUCUAAUACAACUUAAAGAUCUUAAAGAGACCAGACUAAGAUCCAAACUUUAUCAGGAAUGAGCAGUGGCUUUUUUUCAAUCUCUGAGCAAACAAAGUUGGUGUUAAUGUAUCAUCAAUGAACUUGUUGAUUCAUUGUAUAGGAAGUCCUUUGAACUUGUCUUGGAACUUCCAGUGUUACUAUUUUAACUUUGUCAAUUGGAUUUACUUAACUUUUAAACUUUGAUGGUGUCACAACGAUAGUAGACUACUCUUUUAUGUUUUCUACUGACUUACCUAUAUCUACUCACUUAUUGUACCGAUUUAAGAUUGUCAAACCUGUCCAUAGGGUCAUUUUCUCCUUUUUCUGGUCCUUGGAACUGAAGGAAAAACUUGGUCCAGUCCGUAACUGAGUUAUGAUUUGAUGCAUGUGAUUGAGAGCUUUGUAAGUCGGGUACGACAGCCAUUUCUGGUUUUUUUGUUCCAUCCCCAGCCGAGUCAUGCCAGAGACUAUAAAAGUGUGAAUCUAUCCUUUCUGCUUAGCGCUCAGCAUGAGAAUAGGACUGAUAUCUUAGGCGGUUGUCUAGUUGAGCGAUUGCUGUGCUUCCACAACUUUCGUAGCUCAAAUGGGAGCUUUAAAUGUGGUAGGACCCCCUUCGCAGGACCCUCGUUGAUAGCAGUACCAAUAGGAACUGAAGAGGCUAUCCUGGGUAAACAAUAGUAGUAGGAGUAAUAGUAAUCAUAUUCCAAAGUACGUUGGACAGGUAACCGAGAUUACUCCUUGGUUUCUAAAGUGUAGUAGAUGAGUCGUGAAUAAGUUGAUAAACGUCAACAGGAUCAUUGUCAAUAAUAAUAAUGGGAAAAGUCCAUGAUGUCAUGACCUCGGUCUAUAUUUUCCUGUAUAGACUAGCAACGGUUAAUAAGCCAUUAGUAUUAAAAUUGGUUUAAAUCUUUUAACUGUCUAAGUAAUCUGUAUUAUGUAUUUUUAGUAUAAAUUACGAUUAUCAAUUUGUAAAAAUUUAAAGAUGGAUGAGAAGUAUUUCUUUCCCAGUAAUUUGGAUCUAAUCCAGCAGAACUUUGAUUGGUUAAACAAGCCGACCAUGCCCUUUGAGAGUGAUGCUGGGUUCUUUCUUGUAAUGGAUGAAAAAAAAGAUUUUUGGAGAGAAACAUAUUACAAACCGUCAUUUAUAAAAGAUGAUGGACAUUUUGUGUAUAAAACUUUUCCUUGCAGUGAAAAUAUUAUGGUUGAAACUGAGUUUGAUUUAUUUGCGGCAAACCAGUUCGAUCAAGCUGGGAUUAUGGUGAGGAUUGAUGAAGAACACUGGAUAAAAACUGGAAUAGAAUAUGUAGAUAAAGUACAUAAAUUAAGUUGUGUUGUAACAAAAAAAUAUAGUGACUGGUCAACACAAAACCACAUUAACUGUUCACUGGCAAUACGCUUGUAUAAGAUCAACCAAAGUUAUGUUGUGGAAGCGAAACAAGGUGAUCAGUGGAAUUUCAUUAGAAUAUGUCAUUUGGAAAAUGACGCAAGCAAGAAUGUCAUGAUUGGUUUGUAUGCAUGUUCUCCUGCUGGCAUUGGAGGAAAAGUCAAUUUCAAACAUAUAAAAUACAAAAAUGUUGACGAUUAUUCACAUUCAUGUUAGUGUUUAAAAAAUAUUAUUUUUAAUUAUAAUGCCACAAUCAAACAAAGUUUGAAUAAGGAGGUUGCAAUUCGCAAUUAAUUGAAAUGUUUUUUUUUUAAAAAGGAAAAGUUAAAACUGUGAAUCCUAUUUUUGCAUUUAUUGUUUGUAUCAUCUAUUUCUAUAAUAGUUGUAACACAAAUAACAAGUGAUUGAAGGCUCCACAGUCCACAGCUGCAAAGGUUUUCUUUUUUACAAAUGAGCACUGCUAAAUUUUUUACAUACAAUGAAGAAGCCGAGAAUAUAUAAAUGUAACCUAUAACAUAGAUGUUUUGUGGCCAAAGGUGGAGAAUUUUUUAAAAAAUGAAUAGUCGGCA